CGACAAUCUCCUAUGCGACAACGAUAAUACUCUCGAACCCCGAUCGCACGAGAAUCUAUUGAAGCACCUACCGGCCUUACAAAUAUGCUUUCGCAAUCCACCAUAAUCCUCUAGGUCAUGAUAACCACGCUUCAGUCUCUAGCGUCUUCCUCGAACAGCAAAUUGGGCUAUUCAAGAUGGCGACGAAUGGGUAUACCAUCCAAAAUGGCAUCGCCAACGGUCCAAAUGGCACGUCUCCAAUGAAUGGGUCGAGGCGAAGAAGAGCCAAGGUGCUCACCUUGGACGAGGCUCUUCCCUAUUCACCGUUCUCCUCGGUCGUCCCAUUCAACUCUGACACCAUCCCACUUCCUUCGAUCGGCCUCCGUUCUUCCACCUCCAUAUACUCAACACCCGCUGAGUGCGAAACUGGACGACAAGACCUCGAGAGUCUGAAUCGCGAAGCGCAAGACUCCCACAACACCUCAGAAAGAUUACAGAAAUCAUUAAACGAUCUCAAAGAACUCCUGAAGCCCGAAGGCAUUGCUCAAUUCAAAUUCAAGACUGCGCCCAAGAACACUACCAAUCUCCAAUCGCAAACACAACCAAAGAUAUCUCUUUCACCAUUUGCUCGGAUGGUCUACGACAAUACUGCGGUAGAAUUUACAUACCCAUCUACUGAGAAGCCACUUCCACCCACAAAACCCUCCCCGAAGCAGAAACCAAGAUCACCUACUCAGUCGAAACCGAAAUCACAGCCAAGCAAGCGGAUCGCCUCGAACAAAAAUGCACAUGAAGAGAAUUCUACAAUAACGGUGCAGUUACCAAGUUCUCGACCAACUGAGCAAUUUGUUACACCCCCUAGACCCUCGCCGAUUCGACCCAACUCUAAGAUCGAGGUUGUUAUUCCUGGAUUGCCUAGUGAUUUCCGCCGAGAGAAAUACACACCCUCAAAACCCGCCGUUCAGUCUACCACUCCAAUCUUACCACCACCUCGAGCUCAACUUAAAGCGAAGGAACAAACUCCUCAAACUCCACCUCAACCUCGGGCACAAGUCGAGGUCAACAAUUCAGUUCAACUAUCUGAACCGCCCGACUCGGCUGCUCCUCCAUCAGGAUCAAAUCCGACUUUGGCAGUGGUGAUACCUGAUCUUCCGUCGACAUUCCGUUCAGAGGACUAUGAGGUACUCCCAGAUUCACCCGACACCCCUUUGCACCUUUCAAGAAAGCGGAAAUAUUCUGAGAUCGACGGAGACGACGACGACUUAUUCAGAAGUGUAGAUCAACGUGAAAAAGCUGACGCCGCUUUUCGAAAUCUACGCGAAUAUCUUCAAGAUAUCUUUGAGGCUGAAGAUCAACUUCAACCGGAUAGCAUUGCAUCGAACCACAUCUUCACCAACACUACGGAUGGAAUGAGUCUAACAAUCGCUGCCCAGACCAAAGUCGAAACUUUACUGCAGAAAAUCAUUUCAGUUGGUCGAUUCUCUCAAGCACCGCUGGAAGAUCUGCUUCGCCUUCAAAAGAUGUGUGAACCAGCCGUUAAGGAUGCUGAGAGUGUCGAUGUGAAGGUCGAUGAGGGUAUGGGUGUAUCCGAGGUUCACGCGUGGUUGCAACAGACCUCAGUUGCAGAACUGGGAAUUAAGGCGGCGCGGACCUCUUUGCGACUUAUGACAGGAGGUCGAGAGGACAAGCAGCUGUACUCGGAAGAUGUCAUCCAGUCAGCCUUGAACGCUUUCAAGAAUGUCACGGAGACUUGCAUAAUCCCGAUUGUGGAAAUGCGAAGUUCUGGAUCGUCAGCUGCAUUGUUCAAGCUCCUCCAAGCAGAAAAGAAAACCGUCACUAAUCUCCUCGCGCAAUGUCGACGCCUCUUAUCCAUCAUGUCGAACUUGGUAGCCAAUAUCGAACUCUCGGAAACCGUUAUCAAUACCCUGGAGUUUACAACAUCACGACUAAUCUUUGUGGAGAAUGCUCAUAUGGAGCGUGACUCCGUUCUCGGUAUCCAAAAAUUCGAUAGCUUACGUGUUGUUGCUAUGGACGUUCUUGCACAAAUCUUCCUCUCCCAUCCUACACUCCGCCAGGGUAUCUUCGACGAGAUUCUAACGUCCCUGGAGAAAUUGCCAGUCACAAGGCAAAGCGCCCGCCAAUUCAAACUUGCUGAUGGUGGAAGUAUCCAGCUCGUGUCGGCCCUCCUCAUGAAACUCAUCCAAACGAGUGCCAGCAAGCCUGACGAUGAUAAGGAGAAGCGCAGGACCAAGGCCCUUGAAGCGUUUAAUGGCGACGGCGAUGGUGAAGAGGUCCGUAACGGGCAGGCCAACACGGAACGAUGCACCAUUACUUCGGAAUCUCGAGGUGGACAACAACCAGUGACCGCAAUCCAAGAGCUCAGGGAUGUCGCAUCUCCAUUGCUUGACACUGCGAUACGAAAUGCUACCUGGGUGGUCAGCUACAUCGUGAACAGAGCCAUGAAGUCAACGAAGACUGGCGACGCUCCAUAUCGAAAUCUGCUAGAUCUUUUUGUUGAGGACUUCAUUACCUGCCUGAAUUCACCGGAUUGGCCUGCAGCUGAACUGCUCCUGCGGUUAUUCUUGUUCAAAAUGGUAUCCUUGGCUGAAGGAGAUAAGACGCCAGCACCGGCCAGAAACAUGGCUCUUGAUCUUCUGGGAUUGAUGGGAGCAGCAAUCUCCGAACUGAACUCACACGUCCGGAAGACAUGUAGCUCGUUGGAAAAUGGGGACAGUGAUCUGGGUGGAUAUCUUUCGAGACUCGCUGAAGCUUCGCUUGAGAAGAGAGCAUCUGCCACAGAUCUCGUAUCGUGGCCUUGUGGUCCAUUCCGUACAUGCCUCGAGUCUCUCGAUGCGCGCUCAUCUGAAGACCCUCAACUGAGCAGCGCUAUAGGCCUUUUCAUGGCAGAAUGGGCGUCUUUGAUAUGCACGAAUUUUGAUCUCACCAGUGAUGAUGAUGACGACCACGAUGAGACGGAGAAGGAGUAUGGACGACUUGCCUUCAAACUCCGAAUGAUGAUCUCGGAUCGAGGAUGGCUUUCCAGAGAAUACAGCUUCGACACGGUAAGCCUGUCGCAUGCUCGUCUGGCAUACUCGUUGACUUUGCUACAUUCCCAAUUCUGUAUGGCUUUCAGUCGAGUUCUCGCCAUCCUUCUUGGAUCGAUGACAAGCGAGCAGGCAACAGUGCGCAGCAAGAGCUUGAAAAGCGUCAACCAAGUAUUGGACACCGAUCCUACCAUUCUUGACAGAGAGCCUGCUGUCAAGUACCUUAUCUUGAAAUGCGCCAUUGAUCCAUCUGUGCAGGUACGGGACUCUGCCCUUGGUCUUAUUGGAAAAUGCAUCAGCCUUCGACCUGCUCUCGAGGAAGAGAUGAUCUCGCAUAUCUUGCAACGUUUCAACGAUGGUGGAAUCGGCGUUCGCAAACGGGCCAUGAAACUUUCCAAGGAUAUUUAUCUUCGUAACUCCAAUCCCGAAGUUCGAAGCUCAAUUGCAGAUGCCCUGCUCCAUAGAGUCGCGGACCUCGAUGAAGGUGUGCAAGAAUUGGCUCGCCAAACCAUUGAAGAGGUGUGGAUGUCGCCUUUCUAUCAGUCGACGACGUCAGAGAACACUUCGGCCCAGUUCAAGCUGGCUAUGGAGGAGCACGUCGCACUCAUGGUCAAGACAGUUCAGCGCGGUGCCGGCGUUGCAACCGUCAUGGACAAGGUUUUGCAGAACAUGCUUUCAAAUGACGCUAAGCUCGGUACAGCCAAUUUCAGAGUCUGUAAAGCUUUGGUAGCCACAAUGUUCGAGACCAUCAUCGACAAUCCUGCUGGAGAAGGAAAUGAGGCACCAUCAGCUCGAGACGCAUUGCAAAUCCUCACCAUCUUCGCGAAAUCCAAUGCAAAGCUUUUCACCGCCGAGCAGAUUCAACUAUUGCAACCUUAUAUCUCCAAUGUUGGGGGUGGUGACGACAUGCUCAUCUAUCGAUCGGUCGUUAUAAUCUUCCGACACGUUCUGCCACAUCUCUCUAAGAUUCACAAUAACUUCCUUGGCUCGGUCAGAAAAGAGCUCAUUCUAGCUAUAGCUAAGAUGGGCAGAACAAUCCUGGAUGAUCUGGUUGCUUGUAUUUGGAUCAUUAGCACCGUUCUCGAUGACCACCUGCAUAUCACCAGGCUAGUGAUGUCAAGCUUGAACAAUAUUUCGAAGAUGAAGAACAUCGACCUGAAGGAUCCUAGCAAGGUGGAGCAGGUUCGAAAGUUGACCAAAUUGCUGAUGAUCACUGGAAUGUGUGGGAAGCAUUGUGACCUCGACCCCCAAUGUGAAAGUUUCCGACAGAUCUUCCCAUCCUGGAAGGAAACCUCCGUAUCUAAGCUGAUGACGGACACUUUCGCACCAUUUGCAUCUCCAUCGCAGCCAGAGGAGGUCAGGAAAGCUGCUUUCGAUGCCAUUGGAAUGGUCUGUCAAUCUUGGCCAAAGAACUUUGCUGCUGCCAACAUCUAUACUGCAUUUCUGCUGGUGUUCGACGAAAAGAACUCAACUUUGGAAGCCAUUAUUAUGAGAUCAUUCAAGGACUUUUUGUUGCUUGAGGAGAAACGUUCCGAAGCCGGCUCCGAAGCCUCAGUAGGAGCCGCAGCCGAUCCACAGGCAAAAUUAGGAGUUAUGGGUGGUGGUCACGGAGAUGGAAUUGCCCUGGGCAUUGCACAGCGAUUCUUGCCACACAUCAUUCGCAUAGCCCUAUCUCGCCAAGACGAACAAGGUUUGCUCGCAACAGAGGUUGUUGCCAGUAUCGCUCGGCAAGGUUUAGUUCACCCCAAGGAAACUGGAUCCUCCUUGAUCGCUCUCGAAACUUCGCAAAACCCAAAGAUAGCGGACAUUGCUUUCCGAGAGCAUCGAGCACUCCAUGAGAAACACGAAACUAUUCUGGAGAAAGAGUAUAUGCGUGCCGUUCAAUUGGCUUACAAUUACCAGCAAGAUGUUGUCAACGAUACGCACGGCGCUACUCUCAAUCCAUUCGCCUCGAAGCUUCACAUGAUGAUGGACGUCCUCAAGAUCAGCAAGGUCAAGAAUCGCAAGAAGUUUUACGAAAAUCUGUGCGCGCGCAUUGAAUUUGACCCAGCAAAGAUGGAUAUGCAAGACCUCCCGCGCCAUUUAGACUUCUCGCAGUUCAUUAUUGAGAACAUGGCUUUCUUCGACUACGUCACCGUCGACGAGCUCCUAGUGGCAAUUACAGCUAUGGAGAAGGUGGUUGCAGCAACCGGUACUGGCAUUGCUCAUUCAAUUGAGACUGAGAUCUUCCAGAUCAGUCUGGACCAGCCCUCAUCCCAGAUUGAUGAGAAUGGACAACAACAGCCAGUUGAGCGUCCAGUGAAUCCAAUGCGUUUAACUCAACUUGCCGCCUCUUCGAUGAUGCUUUCAACUCUUUGGGAAGCUCGUACCUAUCUCCGACGGCAAUAUGGCCUCAUGGCAAACCGGAAGGAGAGCAAAACCAAAGGUCCAAACAAAGAUCUCAACAAGGCACCGGUACGAGUUCAGAGCGUCAACGGUGACAAAUUUUGGGAAGAGGUGUCCAACACAAUGGCCGCUUUGGACUCUCCAGAGAGCAUGAUGAUCCAGUGCCGUGCGUUCGUUGAGUUGUUGAGUGUGGAUCACGAGAUUAAGGUUGCAGCUGAAGGAGAAGAUGAUGAUGUGGAAGGAGACCGACUGAACACUCCUGAUGAGGACGGUGAACCCAGUACUCCAGGUCCGCCGGGAAGCGGUAGAGGACGGAAGCGGAAGAAUUCGACCACCCCUGGUGGCCGAAAGAAGAGAGCUCGUUCAUCUUCUGUGCCACGAGGACGUGGAAGACCAAAGGUUUCGGGCAAGAGAGCUAGUGUUGACAAGAGUGAUGAUGAAGAGGUUGCUUGGGAAUAGAAGGGAUGGUUCCUAGCGCUUGAGCUGUUUGCACUGGCGUUUCGGAGGAGAUUCUCCUUAGAGGAGACGCCAUUGUAUUAUAUCAUCCAUGGGCGUUCAUGUGCUUAGGAAUCUUUGGGACGGAGUGGCAGCUCCUGGCUUUAGAGCAGCUCAUAUUUUUGCGAUGGCAUUCGCUGUGAUAUCAAUAGAACUUAUGAGACCAAGGACACCUUGGAGCCAAGACUUCACAAAUGUGCGCUCUCUCCACCCUGCUCACCCUACUACCCGCUAAUCGCCUGAGCCGGGUGAGCGGGGUGAGCGGCGCUGCUCUACCUGAGCGGGAGAAGAUGGCGGACCAUCUGGGC